UGUGCGCCCUGCCUGGGGCGCGGUGGCAAAGGCGGGAAGCGCGAGCGACGGCACCAUGGCCCAGGGUAGCAGCGCGCGCGGUUCCGGGGUUCUGGGGAUCCAGGGAUCCGGCCGGGUUGGGGUGGGGCGAGCGUGGCAGCAGCCGUUUCUCAACGUCUUCAGACACUUCAGAGUGGACGAGUGGAAGCGAUCCGCCAAGGAGGGGGACGUGGCCGUAGUGACGGACAAGACCCUGAAGGGCACAGUGUAUCGCAUCCGGGGCGCCGUCUCUGCAAGCAGCUACAUCCAGCUCCCCAGGACCAGCACACAGUCCCUGGGGCUGACCGGGCGCUACCUGUACGUGCUCUUUCGGCCCCUGCGCAGCAAGCACUUUGUCAUCCACCUGGACGUGUCCACUGAGGACAGUCAAGUCAUCCGCGUGUCUUUCUCCAGUCUUUUCAAAGAGUUCAAAUCCACAGCCACAUGGUUACAGUUUCCCUUUGUCUUUGAGGCCAGGACAUCCAGGAGAGACCUGGCAGGUGUGGCCCCUGCUGGCACCCGCUGGACCUUCCUACAGCUCAACCUGCAGGACAUCCUCCUCCUCUACCUGAACCACAGCUACAGCCACCUCAAGAGUGUCAGGUUGUGUGCCAGCCUCCUGGUCAGAAACCUCUACACCAGUGACCUGUGCUUUGACCCUGCUGCCAGUGUUACUGGGGCUCGGCAGGCCAAGCUGCCCAUCAUUCCUGUGCCUCGAGAAAUGGCGUUCCCGGUGCCGAAGGGUGAGAACUGGCAUGACCACUAUGCCCAUGUCCGGUUUCCAAGCAAUGGUGUGAAAGUUCCUUCUGAGCUGGUUCAGAAGACUUGUCCUCCAGGAACAGGCCUCCUGGGGUCUGUGUCACAGCCGCUCCCCUGCCUGGUGGCCAUCAGCAAACCUGUGCAGAACAGUGGAUCCCCUACGGUCCAGAAACCCAGCCCCACAGCCGCUCUCAUGGCACCCAGGCCCCUUGCAGAGAGCAGCCUGUCCCCCCAGUCCUCAGAGUGCUCAGGCUUAGGAGUCCUCAGUGUCCGUAGCCAACCACCCGCAGCUUGUUCAGAGGACACUAGUGUGGACGUGGCUGCCCACAGUGUCCAUGUCUCUGCUCAUGAGUCAGCUGUGGCCCUUGAGGACUCUAGCUGCCAAGAACAUCUUGGAAGACAGCAGAGAUGGCAGGAGGUGGCUUCCGGCAAGAGUCUAUCUCAACAAAGACACUUCCUCCCGGACCCAAUCUUGAGGCUCAAGAAGGUCAUCGGCUUUGGGGGCCACAGCACCAAAUGGGCUCUGUGGACCAAGGAUGGGGCGGCUGUCAUCUACCCCUGCCAUGCGGUCAUCAUCACCCUGUGCAUCGACACAGGGGAGCAACGCUUCUUCCUUGGCCACACAGACAAGGUCUCUGCCCUGGCGCUGGAUGGGAGCAACUCGCUGUUGGCCUCAGCCUGCACACGGCCCCCUUGCAUGUUGCGGCUCUGGGACUUCCAAACUGGGGUGUGCCUGUCCCUUUUCCGGAGCCCGAUUCAUAUUGUCAGCGCACUCAGCUUCUCUAACUGCGGGUCCCUUCUCUGUGGUGUUGGCAAGGACCGCCAUGGGAGGACGGUGGUGGUGGCAUGGGGCACAGGCCCAGUGCGUGUUGGUGGCGAGGUGGUCAUUCUUGCGAAAGUACACACCGACUUUGAUGUCCAGGCCUUCCGGGUUGCCUUUUUUGAUGGAACCAGGAUGGCAUCAUGUGGACAGGGCAGCGUGCGGCUGUGGCGGCUACAUGGUGGGGUCCUGCGAUCCUGCCCCGUGGACCUCAAGGAGCACCGUGCACUGCCGUUCACUGACCUCGCCUUUGAGCAGGCCCAGGACAGCUGUCAGGAAACCUCGUCCUGGACACUCUACGUAUGCAGCCGCAGCGGCCACAUCCUAGAGAUUGACCACCAACGCAUGGCUGUUCAGCAUGCCCGCUGCCUGCUACCCAUGCGGACCCCCAGCAGCCCCCACCCACAGAAGCAGACCUUCGGUGCAGGCCCCGGUAUUGCCAUCAGCAGCCUCAGCAUCUCUUCGGCCAUGUGUGCUGUGGGCUCUGAGGAUGGCCGCCUACGGCUCUGGCCCCUGGAUUUCUCUUCAGUGCUCCUAGAAGCGGAGCAUGAAGGCCCCAUCAGCUCAGUGUGCAUCAGCCCUGAUGGCCUGCGUGUGCUGUCCACCACUUCCAUGGGCCACUUGGGCUUCCUGGACAUCCCAUCCCGGGAGUACAGCAUGCUGGCUCGCUCUCACACGGCCUCUGUGCUGGCUUUCUCCAUGGACCAAAGCCGGGGGCAGCUGGCCACCGUGUCCCAGGACCACACCGUCCGCAUCUGGGACCUGGCUACCCUGCAGCAGCUGUAUGACUUCACAUCACUUGACGAUGCCCCGCAUGCUAUAACCUUCCACCCUAUACGGCCAGCCUUCUUCUGUGGCUUUAGCAGUGGGGCUGUGCGCUCCUUCAGCCUGGAGGCCACUGAUGUUAUGGUGGAACACAUGUAUCCCCAAGGAGCCAUCACUGGCCUGGCUGUCACUCCUGAUGGUACCUACCUAUUCAGCUCCUGUUCUCGGGGCAACCUGGCCCAGUAUAACUGUUCUGGGCCCCGGUGCUGCAUCCUCCGUGUAGCAGCCAGCAUGGUGUGCCCAGAUGCCCACCCGAGCCCCAACAUCCUGGCAGUCAGCGGGGAUAGCCAUCUGCUGGCCUUUGUGGGUCCUUCUAAGGGCACAGUGACCAUUGUGGACUCAGCCUCCCUGGAUGAGCUGCUGCAGGUCAACAUCAGCACCCUGGACCAGGCCAGCAGCUGCCUAGACUCCGCUGUGGCUAUCUACUUUAGCCCCGUAGUCAUGGGCCACCUGCUGGUGUCUACAACAUCCAAAAUCAUGGUACUGGAUGCCACAUCAGGCCACACUAUCCGGGAGCUGUACAGUGUCCACCCUGAGGCCUGUCCCUCCCUGGCCCUCAGUGAGGAUGCCCACUUCUUGCUUAUGGCCACUGGCCGGGCUGUCACGCUGUGGGACUACUCAACACAGGCCAGCCCAGGCUCACAGGUGUACAUCGGCCACUCAGAGCCUGUGCAGGCUGUGGCCUUCACCCCUGACCGGCAGCACGUCCUCAGCGUGGGGGAUGCCAUCUUCCUUUGGGACAUUCUGGCCACUCCUGAGAGGCAAGUGUCCAUCUGUACUGUGUCUGCCCAGGCCUUCAUCUGGGCCCUCCUGAUGGUCUCUCCUUGCCCCUCUAGUGACCAGAGAUUGUCCAGGGCAACCCCAGCCCAUGGAGCUGGCCCAGGUAUAGGACAGCUGGAUGAUGCAGUGUCUGGGGCCAGCGGGCUCCCUCGCCUGCAGGUGCCCAUGCCAUCUCAGGCCUCCCCACUGAGGCUUAUCCAUGCCAGGCCCCUCGAGGGUGGUGAUGGUGCCCUGUCUGCAUCAGAUGAAGACAUACCCUGUGAGAAGAGCCACAGCCCAGAGGGGCUUUGCCAGGCCCCAGGCCCACUGGUGCUAGAGGAGAAGGAAAGCGGAGCUAGAGACGGGGCCUGGGGUGCUGCCGGGGCCUCCUGGGGGUUCGCUGUGCUCCCCUGUCUCUGCAGCUGGCCUAGUGCUGAGAGCACCAGGAACAGGGGGGCCCAGCCCUGCACCCACCUGUAUUCCUACAAGCACUUUUUUGCACGUCACAGGACACCGGCCAAGAGUAUUGCCUUUUCUCCUGCCAGCGGCCAGCAGCUGCGUCUGAAGGCCGUCCUGGGCUACAGCGGGAGUGGGCGGGCCAACAUGGUCUGGAGGCCGGACACAGGCUUCUUUGCCUACACAUGCGGCUGCCUGGUGGUGGUAGAGGACCUGCACUCUGGCACCCAGCAGCACUGGUUCGGCCACCCUGAGGAGAUCUCUACACUGGCCCUCAGCCACAAUACCCAGGUCCUGGCUUCUGCCUCGGGGCGCAGCUCCAUGGCCACCCACUGUCAGAUCCGCAUCUGGGAUAUAUCUGAGGGCGUGUGCCAUCAUCUCAUCUCUCACCACAACACGAAUGUGCAGGCCCUGGCUUUCUCGUCCGAUGACAGGCUUCUUGUCACACUGGGUGACUAUGGCGACCGCACCCUUGCCCUGUGGAACACGACCACCUAUGACCUUGUGUCUUCCACCCACCUCCCAGAACCAGUGCAUGGUGUGGCUUUCAACCCCUGGGAGGCUGACGAGCUUGUGUGUGUGGGCCAGCAUGCUGUCACUUUCUGGCUUCUGCAGCAGCACAGGGCAGACAUCAACCUCCAGGUGCGCCGAGAAUCAGUCCCUGAGGCAGUAGGGGCAGAUGAGCUGACCUCACUCUGCUAUGGGCCCCUGCCCCUGCUCUACUGCGGCUCCAGCUCUGGCCAGGUCUGUGUCUGGGACACACGUGCAGGCCACUGCUUCCUGGCCUGGGAGGCGGAUGACAGCAAGAUUGGUGUGCUUCUGUGCUCGGGCUCCAGGCUUGUCAGUGGCAGCAGUGCAGGGCGACUACGCCUGUGGGCUGUGGGGACCUUGCCAGAGCUAAGACACAGGGGCACCAGGUCCUGUUCUGUGUUCAUGGAAUGUGAGCUCAGCCUGGAUGGUGCUAUUGUGAGCGCCAGUUUUGAUGACAGCAUGGACAUGGGCGUGGUGGGUACCACGGCCGGCACGCUCUGGUACGUCAGCUGGGUUGAGGGCACCAGCACUCGCCUUGUUAGCGGCCACCGGAGCAAGCCCAGGUGUGGGUCCCCUCAGGUGAAUGAAGUGGCCUUUAGCCCCAGCGAGUCUCACUGUGCUACCUGCGGUGAGGACGGGAGUGUACGGGUGUGGUCCCUGGCCAGCCUGGAGCUGGUGAUCCAGUUCCAGGUACUGAACCAGAGUUGCCUGUGCCUUGCAUGGAGUCCCCCAUCCUGUGGACGCCCAGAGCAGCAGCGGCUGGCAGCUGGCUACAGCGAUGGCACACUGCGCCUCUUCAGCGUCUCCCGGACAGUCAUGGAGCUCAAGAUGCACCCCCACUUGACUGCGCUGACGGCUGUUGCCUUCUCCACUGAUGGUCAGACCAUCCUCUCUGGAGACAAGGAUGGGCUGGUAGCUGUGAGUCGCCCUUGCACAGGGAUGACCUUCCGUGUGGUGAGUGACCACCAGGGUGCCCCGAUCUCCACCAUCCAGAUUACAAGCAAAGAGCACAGAGACUUCGGAGUAGAGGGCACAGACUUGUGGCUGGCUGCCAGCGGGGACCAGCGUGUCAGCGUCUGGGGCUCUAACUGGCUGAGGAACCAUUGUGAGCUCUUGGAUUGGCUGAGCUUCCCAAUGCCUGCUGGCCUAGAGACCCAGGGCCACCUGCCACCCUCCCUCGCUGCCUUCUGCCCCUGGGACAGGGGGCUGCUGGUAUACGUGGGCCCAGGGGGACACAAGGAGGUGAUUGUCUACAGCCUCCACCAGAAGCAGGUGGUGGAGAGGAUUCCGGUGCCUUUCUUUGCCACAUCCCUGAGCCUAUCCACAGGGGCCUGCCUCAUGGCCAUCGGCUUUGCUGAACGUGUGCUGAGGUUGGUGGACUGUACAUUGGGGACUUCCCAGGACUUUACCGGCCAUGGUUAUGCAGUGCACCUGUGCAGAUUCACCCCGUCCGCCAGGCAGCUCUUCACAGUGGCCCACAAUGAGAUCCUGGUGUGGGAGGUCACAGGCCACUGAGCUGUGGUGAGGACCAUGGUGUCAAGUGCUCCAGGCCACCUGGGCAGAAGUGUGGCUGAGAAGCCAGGUUGUCAAUGGCCUCAUGUGAGGACAGGAUGACUGGGACAGGCCAGGACUCCAUGUAAACCAUCAGAACCAGACUGCUAUUUGAGCAACCUGAAAAUACAACAACCUGUUCACUUUUCACCUAGGAAGUUUUGUUUUUUUUUUUUUUGUGGAAAAGGUCGAUGUUUAUUAAAAGACAAUACACUCCAGAGACAUCUACCUUCUCAAGUGGAGGAGACCAUGAGUUUAGUGAUGCUUUUCCCCUAUAUGCUGAUUUUCCAAAUCUAUAUUAAGUGAUGGGGGAGAUAAAAUAUUUAUGAUUUUUUUCUGGAAAGGGGAAAACUUCCUGCAUGGAAACUCCUCCCAUUUCUAUCCCUGUAAGGCAAUUUCCAGAAGUUGUGGUAGUAUUUGUAAACUGUGAUAAAAGUGGUGACAAUUUUACUGUGUUGAUGAAAAUAGGUCACUUGAGGCUAAUGUCACUUGUAGGCAUGCUGCAAAGAUCCCUUUUUGUGGCCUUGGCCAUAUCUCCACAUUGAGGCCUUUCCACAUCUGAGACUCAUUUUUGUAGAGCAUCCAUCAGUUCACUUUUUGGAAGCCUUCUCAAAAUGCUUUUCUUUCUUGGCAGCCCAAUCUGGUAAUUUUGUUCCUCUUAUUAUGGACAAGGGAUAGCCUAGAGUCAUCUGCUUCUGUCUCCUU